CAUUCCUCAGUUUCCAGCCUCACGAAGAAGCACUUUACCCUUAGCGGAGCCCCAGUGCCACAAAGGAGAAGCAUCCAAAUACAAUCAAGCAGCGUGGCCCUAAUCGAACCCCUGUCUUAAAGUGAAGCCACGCCCCUUAUUUGGCUCCACGGUAUCAUAAAGCUCAGCUCUCUGUCAUUAGUGUCCUCACACAGCGGAACGACAGUUACCCACUCAGCAUUCCCUCGGUAGCUGUGGCUUCUCAGUGGCCGCUCUCCUAAAUAAAACGAAGCUAAAAAUAUCCGCUCGCGGGCAGAGGCUGCAGCGCGCGGGGACGCGAGCGGAACCGGCGCGUGACGUAAAGGGGAGCACCUUAUAAACACACGGGAGAACCAACACGCGCAUCUGGCGCGCCCACCUGUCCUCGAGCUAGGCAGUGUCAGCGGCGCGUUUCGCGCGAGGAGCGGUAAAGGAACAGGUGGAGGCAGAAGUUCAUUCGGUGAAGAAGCCGCUCGCUGCGCAAUGUCACUCGGAUGUCAUUCUCGGUUCUUGAGCCCGGGGAUGCGAGGGGCUCCGCAAGUCAGCCUGACCCGAAGUGGGCACGAGUAGAGCCUCUGUGGGGGUGACUUCUGGCACGAGUGGGCUUACCUGGUUGUCGACGCCCGCGGCUUGGCUGCUCUCUUCUACACGAAGUCCAUGUUGCCCGGCGCUUAGCAGGUGAACAAGUUCAACGUAACUUCUGGCUGCCUUUGAUUUCUGUCACAUCACUUCAUUGCCUUUUUAUCUUAUAUGAUCAACAACAGUGUUGGAACAAAAAUGGAGAGUCUCAGCGAACUUCAGAACCCACUCCUAGACAAAAACAGUAAGCAUGUCAAAGGUGACUAUUCCUAUCAAGGGGACUUUACUGGAAAUCAGUAUCAGGAGAAUAUUUUUAAUUAUUUUGUCAGUGGCUCUAAUAAAGCUAAGACUCAUCAGCUACUGGAUGCCACAUCCCUGCAACUGGCAGUUGAAGCCUUCUAUCGACCCAACUUUAUUUUGUACAAGGAUGACUCAAACAUUAAAAAUAAGGAUUAUAAGAGUGAAUGCUGUGAAACAACAUUUACAGAGAACAAGGACAGUGCUGCUGAAGGAACAGAAGAGCUCGAGUCAAAACUGCUGGACGCUGCUGAUAACGAUGGGAAAAUCCAUACAGUCUCUUACGAGGUGGAAGAAGAUGAAUACCAUGAGUUUGAGAGUGACUGCUCCAGUGACAGUGAAAGUGAAGACAACUUUAUCCGAGUGCCACCAAGAGAUCAUUUAGGCCUCGCCAUUUUCUCCAUGCUCUGCUGCUUUUGGCCACUUGGUAUUGCUGCCUUUUAUUUUUCACAAGGGACCAGUAAGGCAAUUACAAAGGGUGAUUUUCUCCUGGCAAGCUCUGCAUCUAGAAGAGCCCUUUUCCUGGCAGCUUUGUCAAUCACCAUUGGCACAGGAGUUUACGUUGGAGUUGUUGUAGCUCUCAUUGCCUAUUUGUCUAAAUCAGGACACGUAUAACAUCUGGCCAGGGGCGAUAUGCUCUUCAGAACUUGGAAUUAGAAACUCCAGAUACUGCAUGUUUUCUUAAAUUUCCUAUCUUCAACUCAGUGAUGUGGAUGAAUGGAGAGAGGGCCCAAUUUUUACACUACCCAUUGGAAGUAAGAACAGUUCUCAUCUUGUUUAUGGAACCCUUUUCUUUAUAACUUUAUCUGCUGUUCUGUCUGCUUUGCAACAAGACUAAAAAAAAAAUAAAAUAAAUAAAUUCACUUAUGGAUUGGGAUGACUUUUCAGAUGGUACUAACGGUGAGCUGCAGUAUCACUUCUGCCAUAUCAUUCUGGAUAACAAAAGCUGAACAUUUAAAGUUUUCUUUUCUUGUACAGAAUACAUGUUUUAAUGCAGUAAUUGUAUAGAGUGUAUAUAAGAAAAUUGUAAAACAUUGAACAGUAAUUAUCUGCACAGUUCAAAAUGUCAGGGUAAUGCGUAGUCGUGAUCUACAUGUAUGUGACUUUAUCUGUAAUAUUCAGACAGUGUAUGUCCAAGUGAAUGCUGUUUUGCAACAAAUAUCUCGGUGGGAAUCAAAUGUUUACUUAGUUCUUGGAUAAGGGCUUUUUCCUCUGCUAAAUGACAGUUCUGACACAAACAGGUACAUCUUUAUUCCUUUGGCACAUGGAGGUAUUAAGAGAAACAAAAGGGGGAAUACAAUUUAACAAAAUCAAUAUGUGUAAAUAAAAAAAAAUCUCUUUUCAGCAAUAUAUAACAUGUGAAAAGAAUUUACUGGUAUUUUCAAAUUUAGCACGGUAAGAGGUUCUUUGACAACGUUUUGUGUUUUAAUAAAUGGCCCUGUACGUUUUAUUCUAAAAUUCAUUGUGGCACUGCAUUUCAUACUUUUA